AGUUUCCAACCCAGUCAGGUCGCGGUCAGAGUAAUUUUAAAUAUGGCGGCCCAAAUUAGUGAAGAACCCGAAUUACCCGAAGAAGUCACUGAGUCGCUGGAAACGUUCCACGAGGCUUUGGGAAAAGUUGAAGAUACAUUCAAGCCCCUUCUGGAGACUUCAGUUGAUGACUUGAAGGAAAAGAUGGAUCCCUUACAAAGUGCAAAGCUGGAUUUAGUUGUUGCAUAUUCCAUUAAUUCUAUGUUCUGGAUGUACUUGACAACCCAAGGAGUAAAUCCAAGGCAACAUCCUGUGAAAUCUGAACUGGAUAGGAUAAAGAAAUACAUGGGUAAAGUGAAAGAAGCUACAGAAAAGAAAGAAGCAUCUCUAAGGCUAGACAAAGGUGCUGCAAAGAGAUUUGUCAAGAGUGCCUUAUGGCAACCAGAUGCUGGUAAAGGCAAGACUCCCGAGGCAUCACAUAAGGAAGAGGAACCCCCUCAAAAAGGAGAAUCAAAGAAGUCUGAGAAACGAAAAAGUGAAGGGAAACUUGCCAAGUCUACAGAAAAGAAAAAGAAGAAGAAGCGUUAGGGGCUAAGGAAAGAUAAACCUUUGAACUGGAUUCUAAAAGAAUCAUUACAUCAUUUUGAGGUUAAAGUCAUGCGAUGCACUCACAUGGAAAGAAGGAAAAUGAAUUUCAUGAUGAGAGACUAAAUAUCAACGUUUUGACGCUCAUAGUAAAAGUCAAGCAAAACUCGACCUAGGGCGUAAAUCAUAGCUUACAGACAGAAUAGUUUGACUGAGAAGGAAAAACUGCCAGUUUUUUGGACCUAGAAAAUUAUGGCAAUAAGCUAACUGGAAAGUAUCUAACACCCAGUCACUUAAAGGUGAUAAGUACGUGUAUGCUAUUGAACGCUGUUCACGAUGAAGUCCACACCCUCCCCCCCCCCCAAACAAAAGUAACAAACAAACAAACAACAACAAUAGCAAUUUGAGCUUAGAAAUCUGUUGACCUCUUAGCUAGCUCUACGAACUAUACUGUACAAGUUAAUUUUAAAACAUUUUGAGCUCUCUCCUGUAAUUUGACUCUUUAGGUUGAGCCUAAUUAAGGGACCUUAAUUGAUCAUGAAACAAUGAUUGAUUUGAGUGUACAA